GGAGAGCCGGUCAGAGACAGGAGGCGGGCCGGAUGAGGCCCGCGGGCCGGCCUUUGCCCAGGUCUGCUCUAGAUGUACUAUGUUAAAAUUUUGAUAAGAAUGAAAAAUAUUACUUUAAACAUUAUUCACAGAAAAAUACAGAACUCUUUGCCUACGAAUAUCCAUGGAUGUGUGUAAAUAACAUGGUGUCUCCUUCUCCUACCGUCAUGACAUGGACAACUGGCAUGUAUCCAUUCAGAUUACUUAUAUCAUUAUUUUGCCUUUUUUUCAUUGAGUGUAGACAUAUUUAUAGGUCUGUAUUUUAAGAAUUGAUGGUAUGUAGUCAUUUAUCCAAAUGUGUUAAAAAUAUUUUGUGCGUAGCUCAGCCCAGUAGAUAAUUAAAUUUUGCACUCUCGUAAGCAUUUAACAUGUAAACAGCGCGUGCAUUUUGAAACACAAAGCGAUUCUUUCUUCAUCAUGUAUUGAGGAAAUGUUGUCUAGGAAAAGUGAAGUUUAAGUGCUGUCAAAUGAUAUCAGGCUGUUCGCUCUUAAGAUUUUAAGGAAAAUAAUCAGUUACAAGGAGAUGACGGGCCGAACACUUCUCUCAGCUCUUGUCGUCUGCUUCCAUCCAGGUCUAUCCAACAUAGCACUGCUACUGUAUGGACAUAUGUGCCUACAAAAAGAUCUCCUGAGUGUGUAAUAUCUAGGAAAGAGUGCAGCUAUAUACAGUCGAAUUAAUUUGCCCUUUAAAGUUCGAAGGCGAACAAAAUGUCGUCAAGUGCAGGGUCAACAAAACAGCUGUCAUGGGUGCGGAGUGCCUUCAAGUGCAAACUCAUGUCACCUUUGAGUUGCAAGUUGGUUCUCGCACAUUUCCCCUGUGCCACACACCAAGCUUUGAUUCUUCAAACUGUUCACCAGAUUCGAGGACCGACACAAAUAAAUGCUGGUGCGAUGGAACAGAUGGGCAGAUAUUUGACUACAUGCUUGUUUAUUCAGCCAAUAAAAGCCUUGAUCAGGGAGCUCAACUACUAUGCAAGAUUUGUUUUGUACCUCAGAAAACGUGGAUCCCCAAGGAAAGUGAAAGCUGCAAAGAGAUGAACUUUGGUAUCUCUCAUUCAGAUGGAAUACAGAAUUCAAAUUCAACACCUGGCGUCAUCAUAACACUUAUGCUGGCCUUAUUCAUCACAUAUGAUCUCAUUGCAGGCAAACAGCUCUACUCCAUCUUCUCAUGAUCUCGGAGAGAGGCUCUUUAUUGUGUAUGUUGUUCGUGUUCGGAACAUUAGGAGCUAGUUCAUGAAACAAAUCUUCUCACAAGUGUUUGUGGUCACAGUUCACUAG